CGGUGAUGGAACUUUAAGAAAAAAUUUUUUGAUUUGGAAAAAUUGGGGCAUAGGAAGUGCCGUUGGACUUCAUUAUACGCAAUUAAAAAUUUUACUUCGUGGCGCACAACUCGCAAAAGAAAAUGGUCGAAUCGUGUACUCUACAUGGUCAAUGAAUCCUUUUGAAAAUGAAGCAGUAGUUGCAGAAGUUUUAAGACGUUCCAGGGGAAAUUUACAUCUUGUAGAUGUUUCCAACCUACUGCCGCAAUUAAUAAGAGCACCAGGGGUUACAACGUGGAAGGUAAUGAGUAAAGAAAAUAAAUGGGUUGAUAAAUUAGAAGAUAUAGAUUCAAA